CUCAGGAGACGCAGUGGGUGGAGUGAUACCGGCAAAUCGUGGGCGUUAGUCAGUCCCACCAUCCUUUUCUAUAGCUGGAAGUAGUCCCGGUUCUCUGUUCUAAGUCCUGCGCCGUUGUGUCCCUCCACCUCGCUAUGGAGUGCCCGCACCUGACCACCAGUGUUUGUAUUGUCCCGGACGCCGCCGUUUUUCCCAACGGCUGUCCUUCCUCAUGGUGUUGCAGCGUUUGUCGCUCAAACAAGAGCCCCUGGGUCUGCUUGACUUGUUCCAGUGUCCACUGUGGAAGAUAUGUAAAUGGUCAUGCAAAAAAGCAUUAUGAGGAUGCCCAGGCUCCGCUUAAUUGCCACAAACGGCAGGAAAAGACAGACAAAGACCGAAUGCAGCAUACAGUGUGCAUGGACUGCAGCAGUUACAGUACAUAUUGUUACCGAUGUGAUGAUUUUGUGGUAAACGAUACAAAAUUGUGUUUAGUACAGAAGGUCCGGGAGCAUUUGCAGAAUUUGGAAAACUCUGCUUUUACUGCUGAACGACAUAGGAAAAGAAAAUUCCUGGAGAGUGCCUCGCUAAGCAAGAAAUUGUUGAAAGUAAAUGGAAGCACAACUGCUCUAUGUGCUACUGGCCUUCGGAAUCUUGGAAAUACCUGCUUUAUGAAUGCAAUUCUUCAAUCGCUCAGCAACAUUCAGCAGUUUUGCUGUUACUUCAAGGAACUGCCUGCCGUGGAACUUCGGAAUGGUAAAACGGCUGGUCGACGGACCUACCAUACACGAAGCCAGGGGGAUGUUAAUGUGUCACUCGUUGAGGAAUUUAGAAAGACCUUGUGUGCGUUAUGGCAGGGUAACCAGACUGCCUUUAGUCCUGAGUCGUUGUUCUAUGUGGUGUGGAAAAUAAUGCCAAAUUUCAGGGGAUAUCAGCAGCAAGAUGCCCAUGAGUUUAUGCGUUAUCUCUUAGAUCACCUCCAUCUGGAACUACAAGGCGAAUUUGAUGGCUCUUCUCAUUCUGUCUUAUCACAGGCUAACUGCAGCCGGUCUGCCAGUAACAAAUGUUGUAUAAAUGGUGCAUCCACAGUGGUAACCUCGGUUUUUGGGGGAGUUCUGCAGAAUGAAGUUAACUGCCUAAUUUGUGGGACAGAAUCAAGAAAAUUUGAUCCAUUCCUAGACCUCUCUUUAGAUAUUCCAAGCCAAUUCCGAAACAAACGUUGUAAGAACCAAGAAAAUGGACCAACCUGUACCCUGCGAGACUGUCUUCGCAGCUUUACAGACUUGGAGGAACUAGAUGAGACAGAACUCUACACAUGUCUAAAAUGCAAAAAGAAACAGAAGUCCACCAAAAAGUUCUGGAUCCAGAAACUACCAAAGGUGCUAUGCCUACACUUGAAGAGGUUCCAUUGGACAGCUUACUUGAGGAACAAGGUGGACACAUAUGUAGAUUUUCCUCUACGAGGAUUGGAUAUGAAGUCCUUUUUGUUAGAGCCAGAAAAUAUUGGGCCAGAAAGCUGUCUGUAUGAUCUUGCAGCUGUAGUCGUUCAUCAUGGCUCGGGCGUUGGAUCUGGUCACUACACUGCCUAUGCUACCCAUAAAGGGCGCUGGUUCCAUUUCAAUGACAGCACAGUGACACUCACAGAAGAGGAGACUGUGGCAAAAGCAAAAGCCUAUAUUCUUUUUUAUGUGGAGCGCCAGGUUCCUGCCACAACUGAGAAACUAUAAAUACCUCUUGCCAUGAUAGUAGACUUCUUCCUCUCUGCCCCCCAGGGUGCUCUCCAACCUCUUGGCUAAUACUUGAUUAGAAUUUGUUUUUGUGCACUUUUUCACAUCCCAUCAGAUAUAAUCCUAUUCUGAAUGAUAGUAAAGUAACCUACUGCCUGACAGUGAAUAAAGGGAGUCAUUUUCCUCACCAAGUGAAGUAUAGUACAGUUUGUGUACAUGUAGCUUUCCUACAUAUACUCAAGUGAGCACGCAAAUGAAAUAUAACAGGUGUGGAACUUGUGGCCCUCGGGAUCCAACGACCGCCUAAGGCUAAUGUCACAUGUCACUUUCUCCACAGGAGCAUUUUCACUGGUGAGAAGUUUUUAAAGCCACCUGCUAUUCCUGUCUUUGAGUUUAAUGCUAACUGCCAAUCACCCCUGGUACAGCUGAAUUUUUAGCCACCUGUGAUAGUACGUUGCAAUUACACUCAUUACUGCACCAGUGAUAAUUCUGCCGGCUGUGACCUUAACCUAAAGGUGUAUGAUAAGGGUACAUAUAUAUCUGUCUCCCUAGUGAUUGCAUUCCCACAUAAUAACAUAAGUACAUCACAGCUGCUCUCAAAUAUAUUCUGUGUUGUAAAUUCUGUCAUUCUUGCAUUGGAAGUAUUUUUAAACAUCAUUACCUCUUCAAAAGGAAUAUGACUUUUUUAAUGCUGUAAUUUGAGUUUUGGGGUCUCCCCCAGUGUGGUUUAGAAAUGGAGUGUCAUCAUCGGGACUCUAUCUACAUUGCUGCUAUAAAUGGAGAAUCACAUACAGACUUUUAUUCAGUUUGUAAAGAAUCACGCAUUUCAAGACAUAUGGACCAUCGGGAAUAUUGCCUGACAUUCCAUUUCACUACUGGUCAAUAAAUAAACCAACAGGGCUAUUUCUUCCCCAUUGUCAGUAUAGCCAUAUAGUAAACCUGAAAAUGCAGAUCAUGGACUGCGGAUCCUAAACAGACUUGGAGAGACUUGCUCUCGCUUGAGGGCAGCACAUCCGACAUGUUCAUUCCAGGCAUCAAGGGUUCUGCCAUUUGUUUUUACAGGCAUUUUUUUCUGCUGGGUAUUUAAAGAAGCAGUGUAUUGCACAACAGACUUUCCAAUGCUUUAUCUAAAAAUCUGCAACCUUCUUUGUGUGUGAAUGACAGACUCAGGAAGUGAUAGGUAUAGUGCACUGAAGGUACCUGUUCUGUGCCUAAACUCUUCAGUUUAUUCUAAGCUUUCCACUUGCAGUCCCAAUGUUCAGCUGUACAUGCCGUGCUCAACAGGUUGGACCUACUCAGUCAGACAAACCUCAGCAGAUGCAAAGCUUGUCAUGCUGGAAAUCCUCAUUCUUUUAGCACCGGCUUCAUUCACUUGCCCUUUUGUCUUAGAUGUUCUUGUUGCUGUGCUGCUUGUAUAUCCUAUUAACCUUUCAGUUACUCAAGCAAAUGUGUCUGAUAACAAGAAUUUAACAGAACUUAGCUUAUGCUGCCAAUCAAAUGUAUGAGAUACAAGCCAUCAGAUUAUGGCAUUCAGAAAACUGACCAAUAGGUAGGCACCUUAUUUUAGGCAGAUAAACACGUGUUCAUGGCUGCUGCCACUUACAUGGUUUGACAGCCUGUUGAAUGCCUGCCUGGCAAUUUUUAACCAAAUAAUGAACCACCAGUAUCCCACUGACAGUGAGUGUUGCUGAGAUUGUUACCCCACAAGCUCCAAAGGACUGCAGGUUACCACAUCUUGAUAAGGGGGAAGUCUGCGGGAAUAAAAGAAGCUACAAAUAAACAUAAAUGUUAAUUCUAGGAUCAUUACGCCUCCAC